AUGACAGGUUAUUACUGUAUUACUAUCUAUCUUCACGAGAGUUCUCUAUGGUCUUUUACUAAUGGGGUUCCUCCCUCUCAAUCAAGUUCAUUCGAUCUCAUAUCAAAUGCCAUCAAUAAAAUCACUUUUUCGAAAAAAUACCGAUUAUCAUCAACCCCAUCUUACUUCUCCAGGAGAAGAAUUUCAUCAAAGUGCAGAAAUUCACAAAUGGGUUCAGAAAAUUUGAGUCUAAUUGAUACAAGAAAGCGUGCAAAUUUUCGGCUUUGUAACGUUUCAGGUUAUAAGAUGGAUCUGCUGGAAAUUCAUGCCAAGGACCCGAAGUUUCAUGUCUUGUUUAUUCCUGGAAAUCCAGGUGUUAUCUCAUUUUAUCUUGAUUUUCUGGAAUCACUCUAUGAUCUGCUGGAUGGAACUGCAUCUGUGACAGCAAUCUCGCACAUUGCCCAAACAGAAAAGGUAAUGCAUUUAGGCCAACAUUAGUUUGAAUACUGGUGGCUGGUUCAUAACCUCCCUACUCAGCUUAAGUUUGCUUCUUUGUCUAAGAUCACCCUCAUUUUCUUCAGUUCCCAUGUUCUUAAUGAAAAUUGGGAGCGCGGAAGGUUGUUCUCACUGCAAGAACAAACAGAUCACAAGAUAAACUUCAUAGAGCAUGAGCUUCAGGAUGUCGAAGUUCCUAUAGUACUGGUUGGUCAUUCUAUUGGAUCAUACAUAUCUCUAGACAUUUUUAAAAGAUUUCAAGGAAAGGUGGCAUACUGCAUUUGCUUGUAUCCAUUUCUAGCUGUAAACACCAAGUCUUCAACACAAUCUGUUAUUAAGAAGAUUGCAGCAUCUCGCACCUUAUCUACAGGCCUUAGUUCAAUUGUAGCAAUUCUGGGAUUGUUACCAGUCUGGAUCUCCAGGAUUCUGGUGAAAAACUCUGUGGGAAAAUCCUGGUGCCCAGCUGCAGUGGAAGCUCUCUGUUCACAUGUCCUCAGGUACCAUACCGUUCAGAACAUGCUAUACAUGGCAAUGACCGAAUUCGAAAAGCUUUCUGAGGUACCUGAUUGGUCAUUUAUGAGGGAAAAGAAAAGUCAGAUGGCAUUUUUGUUUGGAGUCGACGAUCACUGGGGUCCCUUAGAUCUCUAUGAAGAGAUCUCCAAUAAGGUACCAGGUGCUGUUCUAGCAGUAGAAAAAGAGAAUUUUACUCAUGCUUUUUCUUGCACAGAGGCUGGCUCAUUAUGGGUUGCUAAGCAUGUUUCUGGCUUAAUCAAGAAUUAUUUUUCAAAAAUAGACUCUGAGUAGACGUUAUUUCUUUCUGGAAACGCAUCAGGCAGGCAAUAAAAUCGAGCUAAUAUGUGAUCGAUCGUUUCUGGUUCAACAAAAAUUCAGAUCAAUAUUUCAAGAGAAUAUUCGAUUUGGAUGGAAUUUAUAUUGUGUAUCAGAGCUAAGUAUUAAAUACUUUGUUAUUUUUG